CACUUCGCGCUGUCUUCCGGUGAUUAUUUCUGUCAAAAUGGCCCCUCCGCUAUCAUUUAAACUUGCUGUUAUUUCUACUGUUUUGUUUUCUUUAUGCAUUAAUCAUGCAUAUUGUAAUAACGGCAGAAGGGUGGGCGAUGUCAUGGACGCGGAGUUCGGUGGCUUCUCUGUGCCCCUUGAACACUCGUUUGAAGUCGAUGAUGUAGCAAAGUUUCGAGUGCGUGGAGCGCUGGUGCUGAAAGCUGGAAGGGAGCCCAGCGUCUCACUAACUCCGAGCCAGCUUUCAGAGGAAGACAGAACCAAACUAAAGGAAGUGGCAGCAGUGGACGGUCUGUACAGAAUCAGAGUGCCUCGUGUCUUCCUGCAGGCUGACAGACAGACAGAGCGGCAGAUGGAAGGUUACCUCACCGCAUUUGUCAGAGCCUGUGCCAUGGUUGAGUCCCAUCUGAGCGAUGUCAUCUCCCUCCACACUGACGUGUCUGGUUACCUCAUCGGUGUUGCCAUAGUGACGUUACCCGGUGCCUGCAGGGGCACUGAGGUUGAGGAUGAAGUUGAUCUUGAGGUUUUCAACACCACACUCAGCGUCCUGGCUCCUGUCAAUGCACCAGGACCUGAGACGGCUCUGUUCCUUGAACGAGUGGAACAGGAAACUGAGAAGAAAGGGAAGAAUCCUCAAGAGCAGAAAUCUUUCUUUGCUAAAUAUUGGAUGUACAUCGUGCCUCUCGUUCUCUUCCUCAUGAUGUCCGGUGCUCAGGACCAAUCAGGUGGAGGAGCCGGAGGCGGAGCAGCCAAUGGAGGCGGCCGAUGAUCAACGAGCAACAGCUUCUGCUUCUUUUGUUAUUGGUGAACAUUUCCUGAACAAUAGUUCUCUUGAGCCGAUUUUAAUUGCUGUACAUAAUGCUAUUUAAGUAGAAUAAAUGUCUGUCACACAACUUAAAAAUGUACAGCAUAGAGGAGAUAUUGUGCCCUGCAGACGACUGCGUUUUUAAUACCAAUGUGAAAAUAAAGUAUUUAUUACUUGAA